AUACCCAGGGGUAGUUUUUGUGAUAGAAAUGUAAAUGUAAACAAACAACAGAUUUAGAAUGCAUUCGAAGAUUCGUGUAUUAUAUUAUCAAAGGAAAAUCAUUUCAGGAACUCAGCAUGUUCUUCAGUAUAUCGAAACAGUGCCAACCCACCUGUGCCAAACUACAUGUUUACAACUGGAGUAAAUGUAGCAUGGAUCAACUUACAGUGACCAACUUACAGUGACCAACUUCCAGUGACCAACUUCCAGUGACCAACUUCCAGUUACCAACUUGUGGCUAGAGUCGAUACUUACAAGGGUAUUAGUUGCAAUGCUUCCUGACAUGGCAAAUUAUUCCAUAGCAGAAAUAGAUGCUAUGUGUCGAAAAGCUAAAGUGUUUUUCCACUGUGAUGGAGCCCAAGCUCUAGGUAAAAUUCCAAUUGAUGUUGAAUCGAUGUCAAUUGAUUUAUAAAGGUGUUGGUGCUCUUUACGUGAUAGGCCGACCACGGGUUAGGAUUGAAGCUCUGCAAAGUGGAGGUGGUCAGGAAUGAGGGAUACGUGGUGGAACAGUUCCUACUCCACUGACAGAGUGACAGUUGGUUUUGGCGCAGCAUGUGAAGUAGCUCAGCAAGAACUUAAGUAUAAUCAUGCCAGAUUAGUUAACUAUCGCAACGCUUGAUCGAUCAGAUUGGUAAUAGUUUAACACAUGUCGUACGAAAUUGAGAUCCUGAACACUCCUACCCAGGUUGUGUAAACCUUUCUUUCGCCUACGUCGAGGGAGAAAGUCUUUUCAUGGCCCUGAAAGACGUGGCACUCUCAAGCGGAAGUACUUGCACCUCAGCAUUGCUGGAACUUUCAUAUAUUUUGCGGACCAUUGGCGCUGAAGAAGAUUUGGCGCAUUCUUCUAUUCGAUUUGGAAUUGGGCGAUUCACCACCGAAGCUGAGGUUGAUUACACGGCAGAAAAGUGUAUUCAUCAAGUAUCACCAAACUUCGAGAAAUGAGGUAUAUACCGACCAGGUUUGGAAUUCCCAGACAAAAAGUUUAUUUUACUUCCGCUAAAAAUGUUAAUUUGUCCUUCUUCCUUAUUUGUUUAUUUUUGUCGAAAUGAAAAUUUAUAAAUGCAACGUCGUUCUUUUUUUUUUUAUGGUCAGUGUUUUAAAAAAGUAGAAGAGUAUACAGAGUACAAUAAAAUAAAAAAUUACAGAGUAAAAUAAAAAAUAACGACAAGAAAAUGAAGCACAAGAACAAGACUGCCUAAUUCCAAAAUUCUUCCAAGAUAGCUCUGUCACUUAGCCGAAGGCCAACGCUUGCAACGCGAGCCCUAGUUUAAUGUAAUUCAUUAUUUGUAUAUUACUUUUCUGUUUAUUUCAACUAGUUUAUUUACAAACGAGUAGUCUUUGGCAUAAUUAAGUUCAUAUAUAAAAAAAGCGACAUUAAGUGCAAUUAUUUUUGUUGAUUUGGCAACUCGCCCCUUUAAACGACUUACACCGGUAAUACGUUGCCAAGGUUUUCGACAUUACAUGGUUUAUUUACAUUGUGUUGCCUUUUGAAAAUGGAGGAUCCAGAAACAAAUAACAUACAUUCAAACAUAAAAUGGAUUCCAUUAAGUAUCACAGCAGAAUAUCCUGAAGGUGAUCUCAUUGGAAAACUGCUAGCGUUUUCUUCUAUGGUUCCUCAUGCCCUUAUUGUCAGUUUUAUAACAUUGAUAUUGUUUAGAAGAGAUUUGCAUACGAUAUCAUACCUCUUAGGACUGGUGUUAAAUGAAGGCAUUAAUUACGUGCUCAAACAUACUCUUCGUCAGGGAAGACCAUUAGUUAGACCUAGCCUCUUACAUGAGUAUGGAAUGCCAUCAUCUCACAGCCAGUUCAUGUGGUUUUUUACUACCUACAUGUUCCUUUUUAUUUGGGUACGCUUGAGACACAUUAGCUACACAAAUACCAUAUGGAUUUGCAUCUGGAAAACUGCCAUCUCAGUAGCAUGCCUUGUUGCAUCUAUCAUUGUUGCCAUAGCAAGGAUUUAUCUUCAGUACCACACUGCUUCCCAAGUAAUAGUAGGGGGAUUACUUGGAUCUGUUUUAGCAGUUUCGUGGUUCUUAUUUACGCAAUUCGCUCUAACGCCGUGGUUCCCAACUGUUGCAUCAUGGAGAGUGUGUGAAUGGCUAUUGGUGAGAGAUCAAACAUUAAUCCCUAACAUUAUCUGGUUUGAAUAUACAUCUCACCGGAGCGAAUCAAAGCACAGAAGUCGAAAAUUGGUCUCCAUGAAGUCCCAGUAAAACUGGCUUGAAAAUAAUUUUGUGUUCAGUAGCUGCAGUGCAAUUGUUUGUCUGUUUACUGUGCCUACAAAUCUGUUAUUCUUGAAAGCCGGAUAUUUCGUGAAUAUUCUUUUUAGAAAAAACAUUUUUGAGUUGUAAUAACUCGUGCAAAUCAUAUUUGAUAUUCCAUUACAAUGGAAUACCUCACAAUUACACUGGUUGGAAAAGGGUCAA